AAUCAAAGAAACAAAGACCUGUUUAUAACUUUCAAUGUUAGGAUAUACCGAAAAUGAAAGCGGGAACCCGGGCAUAAGCUUACAGUGGGUUAAAUUAAAAGAGCUAUUUCAUAGAUUUUUUCUCGUUGAUCUCCUUCUCGUAUAGGAGUCAUACUGAGAGGCCAGCAUAAAAUAUUUGUAGCGAGCAUAAUUGAUUCGAAUUUUGAGCAUAUGGGCUUACUAGUGUCAGAUAUACUGCAACAGGGAAAUAUGGAUGCCCAAGAUUUAACAUGUCCUGUUAUCGACCAAUAUAACUUCGAACUUAUGCAAUUCACAGAUGACAUAAACGGAACUGAAAUGAUGAACGAUUACUUCAAUAAUUAUUACACCGACAUAUUAGGACCACCCAAUCAAGAAGGCGAACAACAGGAGAACGCAGGCAUUUCAUCGCGCGUCAAUGACAACAAAAGCGACGAUUAUACGCACAAUCUACGUCUUUCCAAACGUACAACGACCAAGAACCGCAACGUUAUACGGAAAAAUUCUCAAAUUUCCCACAAGAAAAAACGAGCCGAUAUAGCUAAGAAAGGGCGACAAAGUUUAAAGUUAUUUAACCAAGCGAUGACAACCUUACAGAACGUUAUUCCAGUUCGUUUGCCCAAAGGAAGAAAACUCCAAAAGAAGCAGAUACUCCAGUUUGCCAUCCAAUACAUACAAUUUUUGCGUGAGUGUCGGGAUGGUAAAAAAGAUUUCAGCGAACGACACAGAUUCCUAUGGAGAGAAGGAACAACACACAGCACCUUUAUUGAUGCGAUAGAAGCAGCUGCAACAAAAUCAAGAUAGUGAAAAUAUUCUAUUCUUUCUUUGAAAAGUUUUUUAAUAAAAUAGCCCAAUCUAAA